GUUAGAAAGGGAUUUUUUUUUGAUGUGCUGGCGGAUGUGUAUAUUGGCGGAAGCGUUUCGUGUCAUCGCUGCUUAGGGAGUAAUGCGGUAGUCGCUGCUGCAGGAGGAAGGACUCCGGUUCCACUCUACUGUCUUUCAGUUUCGCCUUAAAAAAUAUUCAGCCCGGUGUGUUGUGUGUGUAGUAAGGGGAACAGUGACUAAUGUAAGAUCGACCUGUUCGUUUUGCAAUCCGGUUGAACACAUCGAGCAACCGUCAGAUAAAGUAACUUAACCGCCAUUUUAAUCGAAUAAAACACACGUUUUCAGUGACAGCGGCACAAGCACAACAAUGGCUCUGAAAAGAAUUCACAAGGAGUUAAAUGAUUUGGCGCGGGAUCCUCCGGCCCAGUGUUCAGCAGGACCCGUUGGCGACGACAUGUUUCAUUGGCAGGCCACAAUAAUGGGACCAAACGACAGUCCGUACCAGGGAGGCGUUUUCUUCUUAACCAUUCACUUCCCCACAGACUACCCUUUCAAACCGCCAAAGGUUGCGUUCACCACGAGAAUCUACCACCCGAACAUCAACAGCAACGGCAGCAUCUGUCUGGACAUCCUCCGGUCCCAGUGGUCCCCCGCUCUCACCAUCUCCAAAGUUCUCCUGUCGAUCUGCUCCCUGCUAUGCGACCCGAACCCAGAUGACCCGUUAGUGCCUGAGAUCGCGCGCAUCUACAAGACCGACAGGGAAAAGUACAACAGAAUAGCUCGGGAAUGGACACAAAAAUAUGCCAUGUAGCUGGAGAACCAGACUGCGGAGAAAACGCCUCUACAUCUUAAAGCUAGGGGAGCUUUUGAAAGAAACAAAUCUCGUUGGUUUUCCAUUGGAGUGCUUUAUUUGAGCCACACCUCCCCUCUGCACCCCCCUCCCCCCACCUGGCUGAUGUUGUACAUAUUUCAAAACUGCAAUCGUAGACCCCCCCACCCCCCCCACCCCAGUCUCUGCUCUGUCUCUCAGGAUGUGGUCGGGUAGGGCCAGUCCAGUCAACAAGUCAAAGUUCAUGAUUCUAAAAACAUUCCUUGUCAUUUUAAGAGAACUGGGGGUUAGUAGGCCCAAAUUAAGGGAUUCCACCUAUUCAUUUCUUUUCAUUUCUUUCCCCUCUCAUUUGCUUCCUGUGCUUCCACCUGUAAUGUGAGUUGGGGGCAAAUCAAUUUUGUCUUUCUUUUGUGCAGGUUUUCGUUUGUAUGUGAAUCUGAGGAAUUAUUUUAAACUCAUAACAGGCUACGUAUGGAGACGUUCAUCCCUUGGGGGGUCUCUCUCCGCUCUACUGGACAAUUCUUAAGCACUUGUGUUUAGUUUUUUUUUUUGUUUUUUUCCCCCCUACCUGUUUCCAUGUGACAAAGUCUCUUCCCCCCCCCCCCACGUCCAUCGCAGUUGCAAUCUGAACUGAAGUUAUUAGUUUAACAAGCAUUUUAUUCCCCCCACCCCCCACCCCCCCACCCCACUUAACUCUAGGUUGCAUUUGGCUAUUGUUGAAUUAGAUGCUAAUGGCUCCAGUUAUUCUCUGGAUCUGUCUGGUCUUGGGUGCGAGGGUCCGACAGACGACCUAUGUAUAUUUAAUUACCUGACGGCCACUGGUGCCGGUGUGUUGAUUAAACUGUGUAAUAAAAUAAAAAAAAAGAUUACUAAAGUCUGAACUCGGAAGUCGAGCAUCGAUGAGGCUUCUGCUGAAAAACGCAGGCUUUGCGGAAGAGAAACCGGUUUGAUGUUUAGCAGUCUUUUUGUAAAAAAAAAAAGAACAAAAAAAGAUUUAAGGAAAAAAAAAUUAAAAGAAAUGGAACCAUGUUAAACUUUUUUUCCACGUUCUGUGCAGAUUUGAGUCUUCUCUCAUUCAAGAACUGCUCAUUAUGAAUAAUAGUUAAUUUACAAUAAAUAAUAAUAAAUAAAAAAAUGUUCCCGGUUAGUGAAAGUGUCAAAUUCUCCCUGAGAAAAUGUGUAGUAUGUUAACGUGGAGCAUUGGGAGCGUCCAGUUUGAGAGAAAACGGACCGGGUUGUACGUCACGAAGGCUCCUGUGGUGAUGAUGACGCGGAUGACGUUGCAUGGGGGAAACUGCUCAUCUUAUAUUUCUCAAAGAUGCAAUUAAAAUCACUUAAGGAAAACUGGAUACUAAAUUGUUUGUUUAUAGUUGCAACAAAUGUGACCAACUGCCCUUUGAAUUGAAUAAAGGAGGGAAAAAAGGA